AUGUCUUAUGUAAUCAGCGCCGGUACCUGCCAAGACAAGCUCAUCUCCAACACUGACUUGAGCUCAGACCAUCAUUUUAUAAAAGCGUUCGUCUUCUUGUUGCCUUCGAAGCUGCAGACCAGCGUGACACCACCACGUGCGUCUCACACCUCACCGCUGUCCAUUAUCAUCGCCACUAUGGGAUCCGAUCCUCAAUUUGCAAAAUACCCGAAUCUGGGCCUUGCGCAGUCGAUAUUUUCCAUCUCUACCAACCCAACUGCCGUCAAAUCGAUUCAAAAUGCGAUUCAAGAGCAUAAAAUGGCACCUUUAUAUCGACACCUUGCACAUCCUGUGGAAGGAAUGUUGAACUCUAGUGGAGAGGGUUCAGCCCAGUCCCCAUUAAAGCCACCUACCCGGCGAGAAUCCAUUAUCUCGUCGAAUCUGCUUCCAGCCGGUAGACCAAGGCUUACGAAUGUCCUACCUUGGGAUGCCACGAUAUAUGAAGAGUUGAAGGCCGACAACGAAAAAGAGCUCGCUGCCAUACAGAAGGAAGAGGAGGCGGCGGAAGAAAAUGCUGGUGAGACAGAGAUACAAGCUGCACGAGGGAAGCGCGCCGAGUUCUGGGCUAGGGUUGGCGACAAGGACAAAGCAAUCACUGCUUAUGAGAAGGUCUUCGAAAAGGCCGGCCCCUUAGGGACGAAGAUUGAUAUCGUACUUGCCAUCAUUCGAGUAGGACUUUUCUUUGGAGAUAAGCUGUUUGUGAAGAAGCAAGUGGAUCGCGCAAACAUGCUGGUCGAAAGUGGAGGAGACUGGGACCGCAGGAAUCGACUCAAAGCAUAUAAAGGUCUUCAUCUUCUCACCAUUCGAUCUUACAACCUUGCUGCGCCAUUUCUACUUGACAGCCUCUCCACUUUCACCAGUUACGAACUCUGCAGCUACUCGUCACUCGUCAUCUACGCCGUCUUGGCCGGGUCUCUGUCACUCAAACGUGUGGAUUUCAAGGCGAAGGUGGUGGAUGCGCCAGAGAUCAAAGCAAUCCUGGGAGAUGGGGAAGAGAAAGUCGCAGCGUUGACUGGUCAGAUCUCGGCGGGUCCGGCGGCAGGUGAUGAAGAGAUGAAGGAUGUCUCUAGUAGCGCCACUCCUGGCCAAGCAUCCACAGUCGUCAAUCUCGCCACGCUUGGCACCGGCUCGGCCACCCAGGCUGAAGAAGAAACGCCUAUGGACUUCACUCCACUAGCAAGCCUUGUCAACAGUUUGUACACCGGCAAUUAUCGAUCGUUCUUUGUUUCAUUGGCCGCGGUGGAGGAAAACUUUCUCAGUCAGGACCGGUACCUUUUUGAGCACCGGGCAUGGUUUGUUCGGGAAAUGCGGCUGCGUGGGUACCAGCAACUACUGCAGAGCUACCGUGUUGUGGGCUUGGAUACAAUGGCAGCCAACUUUGGUGUCACUGUCGAAUUCCUCGAUAGGGAUCUUGCAAAAUUUAUUGCUGGCGAUCGAAUCCCAUGUACGAUAGACCGGGUGAAGGGCAUAAUUGAGACGACAAGGCCAGACGAUAAGAACAAACAAUACGCUGAUGUUGUUAAGCAUGGAGAUACUUUGAUCACCAAGCUCCAAAAGUAUGGCCAGGCAGUGAGGUUGAGAGGAAGCGAGAGAGCCUGA